GUAAGGAAGAAUUGUCUCCCAAAUACGUGCAGUCAUUAUCGAUCUUUAGUGAGGGAGAGGGAGGAAAAGAGAGAGUGUGAGAGAGAGUAGGUGAGCCAGUGAGAGAGGUUGGCUGGGGGAAGUGGUGUUGUGAUGCUCCUACCGAGGGAAAGGUUGUCGUACGUUGGGGAAAGCGCAUCGCCUUCCAACCCGCCAGUGCGCCCUAUAAGCUUCGUGUAGGUGGGUUGUGCCUCGUCCUUGCAGCCCCGCCCCUACUGACUGACAAUGGGCAGGCGUGAAAGAUAGUUUGAACUCAUUCGUUCGUGGGCAGUAACCAUGCCACCGCCACAAGUCCGCCCGCCUCUCCCAGUGCUCGCCCACGCCUCUUCCUCCACGCCCCUCUGAAGCCACGACCCACGCAAGGUGAUAUAAGACUAGUUUAUAUAUUUUUUAUUAGUAACUGCAGUGGUAGUUCACAGUAAUGACGCUGGGAAGUAGUGAUAGAAGCGUGGCUGCAGCGUGAGAGAAGAAAAGGGGAGUUUAUUGCAAGACUCACGCUGGGAGGAGGAGGAAUAGAGAGGACGUUUACAAAUUCACUGAGGAUAGAUUGUUUCCAGUGGACUGUUGAGCGGACAUUCCUCCGACCUGUGAUUGAAAUUAAUGACUAGCAACAUUGUGAGGGGAGGAGGGGGAGGAGGAGGUGGCGGCGAAGGAGGUGGAGGCAGUGCCGGAGGAGGACCAGGAGGAAGGUGGAGGAGUUGAUAAGGGUGGAAGGAAGUGGUAGGGGAGGAACUGGUGGAGUGUGUGACGUUUUGAAGGAUAAUUUGCGUGGCUGUCAAUUUCACUCCCUCCUGUUUUCAUCUCCAUCUUGAAUACUCCCCCGGGCGAGCAAAGACAAGGAAGAGGAGGAGAAGGACAGUUAAUAAGGGAAACCUUCGUACAUAUUUUCCCUUUGUGAAGAAAACGCCGAGCCGAAAGGGGAACCAUCGUCCAUUUUCUUUCGGCGACUCGACAAAGCGCUCCCUUGCAAGGUCAUCACAUUUACGAGAAUGAAGGAGACUAUGAGCAUGGGAGGCGUUGCUGGUGCGGGCGUGGCGGGUAUGGGCGUCGGGAGGCUGUUCGUCCUUCUCCUGGCUGUUUUGGCCGCCCUCUGCGGCCCCGUCAGCGCUAACUUCAGGGAGCGGGAGAAGCAGAUCAUCGAUGAAAUCAUUGGACCGGGGAACUACGACAAGAGGAUUCGACCUGCGGGAGCCAACGACACCGGUCCCGCCGUGGUGCACAUCAACAUCAUGAUCAGGAACGUGCAGACCAUUUCCGACGUGAAGAUGGAGUACAGUAUUCAGAUCACCUUCAGAGAGCAGUGGACGGAUCAGAGACUUACUUUCGACAAUAUGCAAGGUCGCAUCCAGUACCUGACCCUAACAGAGACAGACAUGGUGUGGAUGCCCGAUCUCUUCUUCAAGAACGAGAAGGAGGGACACUUCCACAACAUCAUUCUGCCCAACCUGUACAUUCGCAUCUAUCCUGACGGCGGCGUCCUCACAGCAUCCGGUGAGAUCUCCCUCACCCUCUCCUGCCCGAUGGACCUGAAGCUGUUCCCUCUGGACCGUCAGCAGUGUCAGCUCCUCAUGGCCUCCUACGGGUGGACCACGGAGGACCUAGUGUUCUUGUGGAAGGAUGUGGAACCCGUCCAGGUGACCAAGAACCUCCACCUGCCUCGCUUCACCCUCGAGAAGUUCAUCACGGACUAUUGCAACAGCAAGACCAACACGGGUGAAUACUCGUGUCUCCUGGUGGCGCUGAUCUUCAAGCGCGAGUUCUCGUACUACCUGAUCCAGUACUACAUCCCGUGCUGCAUGUUGGUGAUCGUGUCCUGGGUGUCCUUCUGGCUGGACCAGAACGCCGUGCCCGCCCGCGUGGCCCUGGGCGUCACCACCUUGCUUACCAUGUCCACCCAGACGUCCUCCAUCAACCAGUCGCUGCCGCCCGUGUCCUACACCAAGGCCAUCGACGUGUGGACGGGCGUGUGCCUCACCUUUGUGUUUGGUGCGCUGCUUGAGUUCGCUCUCGUCAACUACGCGUCCCGUUCCGACAAGCACCGCGAGAAGCUCAAAGAGAAGCUGAAGGAACAUAAGAAGCAGUGGGAGAUGGAGCACGCGGCGGCGCUGGAGGCGGCGCUGCAGGAGGCCGGCGAGGACGGCCACACCUUCGGCAUGCCGGCCACGCCCACACGACCCCGCCGACUGAAGGAUCUCCUAUUGGCCAAGAUGAAGCCACUUGUAUCCCGCCAUAACGGCGGUAUGGGCGGGGAUAAAAGGCCGUGUGAGAUCCAUCUGACAGCGCCGCGACAGAACUGUUGUCGCACCUGGCUCUCCAAGUUUCCGACGCGCAGCAAGCGGAUCGACGUCAUCUCCCGCAUCACCUUCCCCAUCGUGUUCGCCUUCUUCAACAUGGCCUACUGGAGCACCUACCUCUUCACCGAGGAGGAGGAAGGCAAGGAGUAACGGGAAAGAGUUCAGAUAACGAGAAUGACAAGACGCUUUGAAGAGAAUUCGUUAUCAGGGCGAAGACAAACAAACAAGAGAGCAACAAACAGAGGUCACAAGAGGAAGGCAGAUGAUGGAGAGUUCACUAAAUUACUGAGUUGAAUCUUCGCAUGAGUCACUGACGAAACGAACACAGACCUUUUCCGGGGUGACUGACUCAAUGAUUGACUUACAAGCAACUCACUAACGAAUGAUGGAUGGCUGACUGCCUAACUGCUUCAAUGAUCGACUAACUGACAAAAGUGCUGGGUGAUUGACUAACUGGCUGAACGAUUCAUUAAUUGAGCUGUACCGUCAAUGAAUGAAGAAUGGGUGACUGUGACUGGAUGACUUAUUGACUGACUAUGAAUAAUAAGUAUUGAAUGACUGAAUGAAUGAUUGAAAAUUACACAUAUCAGUAUUUCUGGUGAUGCGAUAAAUGAAAAAAAUAGGAUGGAAUUACAAAAUACUAUUGGUAGAGUUCAUUGAAAGAAUAUGAGAUCAGAUUAAAAGAUAAUAAUAAUUACAGCGACAAUUACGACUAUUUAUACUAGGGUAGUAGUAACAUCCAUACAAGAGAGAGAGAGAGAGAGAGAGAGAGAGAGAGAGAAUGUCAGACAAAGACAAGAUAGACAAAAUCAGAGUGUUAGAAUAGAAAUUACACACAAGACAACAACUGAAGUAUAUAAAAAGAAAGCACACGACAAUCAUAUGACUCACGAACAAAGAGAAGAAAGAAGAAGAGUUUACAAGGAGACUCCCCGGUAAAACAGUACCUACAUUACGUUCUACCUCCUCGUGACAACAACAAGAGUAACAAGAGGAGGAGAAGGAGAAGGAUAACAGUUGACUUUCCGUACGCCAAGGCUUGCUUUCACCACCACCACGCCAUGUUCUACUCACCCGCUGCAUACCAUACAAUAUUAUACAUUUAUUCCUCCCAAUGUAUACACGUAAUAUAAGUACAACCAACACCACCUGCGUUCCAGUUCUUCGUUUCUCGUGUUUAUAAUAAUAAUGAUAAUAAUAAUAAUAAUAAUAAUAAUAAUAAUAAUAAUAAUGACAUUGUAUUAGAAAACCAUGUAUUAUAAUCGUCCAGUGCAAGAUGUAGUUAUCUUUAGCCGUAGAAAUCCGGGUGGUACGUGUAAAACAAUAGUUGUAGCUAAUGAGAUCGAUAGAAAAUGGGAAAUAUCCCUCCGCCUUCCAGUACAUAAAGAAAAGAAAAUGCAUAAUGCUUGUGGGUAACUUUUACAACAAAGGACACACAAUAAAUAGAAGUGUACAUAUUGCGUAUUUAAACUCUUGGAAAUCAAAGGAAGAAAGAGUAAAGUGUGGCAGAGUGUGAACUGUUUAUUGAUUUUUCUUUAUUUCUUGUUGUAUUAAUAUUCUCACACACUCAAGACGCAUUUUUGUACUGCUUGAAACAUUGAGCGUCUCGCAGUUUUGUUUGUAAAUAUUAGUACAGUGUAAUGGAAAGGAAGAAAGAGGGGGAAGAAGAGAGGUUACCGUUGCACAAGAGAAAGGUUAGGUAAAGGUAAUGAAAUUUUUAAAAGAACCGAGAAAGGAAAUAAUAAAUCUCUGUAAACUGAGCAAGUCUUGAUACGAGCAGAUCGAGUCAGUCAGGCAGCAAGUGUGCAUAGGAAGGCAGGCAGUACUUGUAAUGAAUGAAAGAGGAAGCAUAGCGGCAGUAGUCUAGUCAGUUAACACGUACUAGUAGUCAGACAUUGUAAGUACUUACUAUACUAAUGUCAGUCAGUCAAUUGAUUACUUAAGUCAGGCCAUGCGUAGUGCAGUCUCCUCAUCAUUGCUCUCAGUGUUGUCAAGUAGUUUCAGUAAGUCAAAGUAGUGGUGUAGAGAGACGUCAUUAUUAUUACUAUAGUGUUUGUACCUGCAAGUCAAAAGUCUGCUGUAUCAUAAUAUUUCCACGUUUUCUGUAUGUAGGCUUUUCAGAAGAGUGUGUUGAUUGAUGGCUUCAGCGUCCUCGAUUGCUAAGGAUUUUGUGUGUGUAUGGAGGGAUUUAUAUUAUAUUGGUUUCAUUACCGAUUCGCUGUUUUCUAUUUAUGAAAGGGUUAAGGGACAAGGGUUUGGAACUGAGAGAGGUUUGGGUUACGUGAAUUUACCGUUGCUAAAUCGUCUAUACGCAUAUCUAUUGGUUAUGUUAUGAUAUGUUGGUGUGCGUCAAUUCAAGUGUUUGUCGUCAUCGUCGUCGUCGUUUCCGUCGUCGCUGUUGAUGCUGCUGUUGCUAAUACUGUCGUCAGUCGUUGUUGUUGUAUUCUUUUCAAUAUUUCUUUCCCAUACUCAAAGUCGUAAAGCGCCAUUUUUGCUUUCCUGUUUUAGAGAAAAUGAGAUAAAUGGGUGGAGUAACUAGGUGGGAAGUGGAGAAGAGAAAAUAGUGAUACACGGCUUACUUCUUUCAUAACAUUUGAACAGUUUUCCUCAGUAACACGAGAUUCCAAAGUAAAGUACCACUACUUAAUCUUUUGACUCUCCACACCAGAAACUCCACUCAUUUGUUGUUUUGGUUUGAGUAUAAUGACCUGGCGACACACCUCCACGGGCCAGGUGACCAAGGCAGUAUUAUCGUAUUGAAGACACAGAGACACGUGUGAAUCUCUUUACCUGUGAUGAUCUUUCGGGUGCAGAGUUCACGAUGAUCCUGUGUGUGUGUGUGUGUGUGUGUGUGUGUGUGUGUGUGUGUGUGUGUGUGUGUGUGUGUGUGUGUGUACAGAAAGUGUGUACGUAUGUAUAUAUGCUUUCAUUUAUUCACUCAUUUUGAAAGAAGUUCAAUGAAAAGAAUAAUUAAUGUAUAACUCUUAAGGGAGGGAGGGAGCCAGGGUAAGGGAUAAGAGGGUCAGAAAUUGCUGUUACAUGUAUGUUUCUUUGUUUUGCUUUUAAGUUCGUUCACUUGUUCCUUUGUUAGUUUUAUUUGAUUUAAUCGUCAGGCAAUCAUUAUCCAGUAAUUAUCUGUCUGUCUAACUGUCUGUCAACUUGUCUGUCUGUCUGUCUGUGUAUCUAUCAUAAGGCUUACUGUGCGACGCUUUGUGUGGGACGCGGGGGUGGCGCGGCGGUGUUGAUGGUAGUGGAGGUGGUGGGGGGAAGGAGGAGGAGGAGGAGGAUGGAAAGAAACAGAGAAAGGAACGGGCUUGUUAUUUCUGAGUGCUUAGAACAAUGGGGGUAAUAGCAAUGGUGAGUCGAGGCGCACACUGGCUCUCUUGACUUUGUGAGGAGAAGAAACGACUUACAGGAAAGGAAGGCAAGGAAGUUCCCGAGCAAGACGAUGAGAAUGGGUGAUGACGAGAACAGUGCGCGAAGGGACGCAAAGGAAAAAUAAAAUAGAUCACCUUUAUUUACUCCUAGCCAUGCUGUUUUUCAAUAAGCUACAUGUGUACACUAUGUAAGUUACAAGAAGGUGAAGUGAUGAGGACUUAAUUGACUCACUUCAAAACACUCAGUAACAAAAGAAAUAAGAAAAUAUGUGUAAGUGAAAAGUGGAAACUGCGGAAUGCGUAGAGUAAGAAAGUAUUGAUGAAAAACCAAGACAAGAGGGAAACUCGGCUGCACAAUAAGACAAUAUGUUUUGUGGAAAAUACAGCGGAAUUCAGAUGUGUGAGGAGACAAAAGUGGACAGAGGGAGAGAUACUACGGACAAUUACAGGAAGAAGUGUUAAAGAGACAAGGACGAUAAGGUAUUAGGGAAGGCCCGAGAGAG